CCCCCCCCCGCCCCCCGGCGACUGCGGAGAAUGAGCGCCCGGGGCCGCCGAGCGCCGCCGGAGCAGAAGCCGCGAGGAUCUCGGGCCGAUCCCGCGCGCGACCAUGUCGGUGGCCUUCGCGUCCGCCCGGCCGCGAGGCAAAGGGGAGGUCACGCAGCAGACCAUCCAGAAGAUGCUGGAUGAGAACCACCAUCUGAUCCAGUGCAUUCUGGACUACCAGAGCAAGGGCAAGACGGCCGAGUGCGCCCAGUACCAGCAGAUCCUGCACCGGAACCUGGUCUACCUGGCCACGAUCGCAGACUCCAACCAGAACAUGCAGUCCCUGCUCCCCGCCCCGCCAACCCAGAACAUGAACCUGGGCCCCGGAGCGCUGUCCCAGAGCGGCUCCAGCCAGAGCCUGCACUCCCAGGGCAGCCUCAGCGAUGCUGUUGGAACGGGCCUGCCUCCGUCCUCCCUCAUGCAGGGCCAGAUCGGCAACGGUCCAAACCACGUGUCCAUGCAGCAGACAGCCCAAAGCACGCUGCCCACCACCUCCAUGAGUAUGUCCGGCAGUGGCCAUGGCUCGGGGCCCGGCUACAGCCACUCAGGACCCACCUCACAGAGCGUGCCCCUGCAGGGCCAGGGUGCCAUCGGCAACUACGUGUCACGGGCCAACAUCAACAUGCAGUCCAACCCAGUGUCCAUGAUGCACCAGCAGGCAGCCUCGUCCCACUACAACUCGGCGCAGGGCGGCAGCCAGCACUACCAGGGCCAGUCAUCCAUCGCCAUGAUGGGCCAGAGCGGACAGGGCAGCACCAUGAUGGGCCAGCGGCCCAUGGCGCCCUACCGGCCCUCCCAGCAAGGGUCGUCCCAGCAGUACCUGGGCCAGGAGGAGUACUACGGUGGUGAGCAGUACGGCCACAGCCAGGCCGCCUCGGAGCCCAUGAGCCAGCAGUACUAUCCCGAUGGGCAUGGCGACUACGCCUACCAGCAGUCGUCCUACACGGAGCAGAGCUACGACCGGUCCUUUGAGGAGUCCACACAGCACUACUACGAGGGCGGAAACUCGCAGUACGGCCAGCAGCCGGCGGGGUACCAGCAGGGCGCAGCCCAGCCGCAGGCAGGGUACCAGCAGCAGUACUCCAACCAGCAGACCUACCCCGGGCAGCAGCAAGGCUACGGGCCGGCCCAGGGAGCCGCCUCGCAGUACCCCGGCUACCAGCAAGGACAAGGCCAGCAGUACGGAAGCUACAGGGCGUCCCAGACGGGCCCGUCCGCCCAGCAGCAGCGGCCUUACGGCUAUGAGCAGGCAAGACCCGGCGCGUCCGUGGAGACAUGACGAAGGGCCAGUAUGGGAAUUACCAGCAGUAAGCAACGAGCACUCUUGUUAGAGCCUUGCGGUGGCAUGUCCCUCCGGGGAUGGUCGGGCCAGUGGCAGUUCUGAUGAGCCAUGACCCCUCGGUCGCCCUUCCGCCCCACGCAGCGUCUGCAUGUGACGCGUGCACAUUUCAUGCUGGGUGUGAUGCCGAGCGUGCACCGCGGGCGAGAGACAGCGCUUCGGUGGUGUGACAUAUCUGGUGCUGUGUAUAGUAUUGUAUGUCUGUACAAUGGAGAGGUUGUCUCCUUUUUGUCUCCCCUCCUUGAUGUUUCUAGCUAGCGUUAGGGAUCCUUUUGUCAUCAGCGUUCCGUGCCCAGGAAUGGGGCACAGCGACAGGAUGCCACAGUCCACGUGUUCACAUAAGCGGGCCUCGGGUCUGACCCCUCACACACUUGUCGUAAUGUGGGUUGUAAACUUAUCUCUCACCGGCUACACCACAGCUGGACACAUGCCACAGCCCCUGGAUGGCCACCUCUUCCCGUGCCUCGAUGCAAGGGGCAUCUUCUAUGUUUUGGGUCAGUUUCUGUUACUCACUGAAAAGGAUAAAUAUGCUUUGUUUGGCUGUGAACAAUCUUUCCCAGAGCUUCUGUGCUCACACGCUACCUGUGUCUCUUGCCGAUUGUGUUUAUCCAAAAUGUCCUGUUUUUGUACUAAAAAGUGAAGAGGGAUCAAUGAAUAUAUUCCAAAUAAACAUACAAUUAGCCUAACCCAGGGAAGGAACGAGGGUCGUUUCUGAAGGAAAGACAGGGCAGUUCUCUGAAAUGACCGGCAUUGGCCCUUGUUUCUCUGAUGGUCGUUUCUAGGAUUUGAAUAUUUGAUAUGCCCAACUCUAAACUGGUAAAAUAUUUAUACCAAACUUCCCAAACAGUUGGCAAGUUGUUUGUUUUAUAUUAUUUCUUUUAGGACCUACUUGUGCAGAUCUCCAAGCAAGCGUCCCUUUUUCUUUUAUAGAUAUCUGAAAUUCAGAUCUUACUUUUAAAAAGAACCCCACAAAUUUUAUUGUGUUCUUCCUAACGAAAAGGAAGGGUUUUAUAUGGGGAAAUUUGAGUAAAUUUUACAUUCCUAGGACACUAAAUCCCACUUAAAUUCUAUACAAAUGGUAAAGACAGCUCACUUGCGCAAGCAUAGUCAAAGGAAAAACCCAGUAAUUCACUGAUUAGUAAAACAGACAUUCUGGCAACUUUUACCUGGACCGUAAUACCCACGUGCAUACUUUAAAAACAUCUUUGGAUAAAUGCUGACAUACUUCUAAGAACAACCGAGAAAAUUUAAAGAAAAAACAAAAACAAUUCUUGGCAUAUCAGGUCUACUGAAGAUGAUUUUUUGAAUCGGUAAGUUUCAGAAAUGUUUUAAAAGCGUAAAGUAAUUAUUUAUCCAGAGCUGUUGAAUGGUUUACAGUUUACAAGGUAUUUUAUGUUGUUUCUCUUUUGUUUUGUUGCUUGAAUGAAUCCUGACAGUCAACACUGGGAAAUAUGGGGGCAAUUACUGCUCCCAUUUUACAGAUGCAGAACCGAGGUACAGAUUAAAGACUGCCCAGAUGAGUACCGCUCCUGUUCUGGGCUUUUCCCCUCUUCUGUGGGGAUAGAACCACACAUGCUGGGCUGGGAGUGUUCAUCUGAGAGGCAUAUGGGUUUUAAAAACUCUUGACACUGGUAAGGGCUGAAAAAUAUGUAUUUAUGUUAAAUCAGUGAACUGAGAGUUCUUCAUUGCUAAAUGACACAGACAUUAGCAGUUUCGUUUAGGGAGGUGUCUCCCUCGCUUUCGUUCUGAUCUUUCUUGGCAGUUUUCAUAGAACUGAUCUGCAAACUCAAUCGGGGACUGAAAAUGUCCAACGUUCUAGAUGACUGUGAGCGUCGUUUUAGUUUCAUUCCUUGCCAAUCUGCGACUAUGCCUUUUGUGUGUGUGUGUGGUGUUUUAAGUGCGGUAUUGAUACUUCUUGAAAGGAAAGGACACUCGAACUUAUCCCAGAACUUCGGUCUGAAAUGUCUUACAUUAAGAAUUUCUUGAAUGUUGUGUAUAUAUUUUAAAAAGCACUUUGUGAAAUAGUUUGUACAUUUAUUUCCUAAUUUAUACAUGAUUUUUGGUAUUAAUAUAUUCAAUGAUCAAUAACAGAAGGUUUAUUUAAUGUGUUGCCCACUUGUAUGUAACAUUGUGGCGAGUGGCGCCCGCCGAUCUCAUUAAACGCACUGUCUUCUCCUC